GUCAGGCACUUGUAUUGAAUCAUUGUGUAGUUAAUUUUAAAUACCCUUUCUUGAUUUUUUAUAGUUUUUCAUAUAAUUUAAUCUUAUGGCUUUAUUUGUAAUAGCAGUGCUAAAACUUCACUCAAGUUCUAUAAUUUGUUAAUCGAAUUUCUUGCUUGAAAAUAUGAUUCUGUAGCAAAACUAAUUUACAAUGAAUUUAUUUUUCCUAAUUGAGGGAAACAUCGAUUUGUAAACAAUAAGAGAAGUAUGGCCCAGGAACCUGUAAUAUUAAAUAUAUAUGACAUGUAUUGGAUAAAUAGUUAUACAUCUCCAUUUGGAAUUGGAGUUUUUCAUUCAGGUGUACAAGUUUAUGAAUCAGAAUUUGCUUAUGGAGGACACCCUUUCAAUACUUCUGGAAUUUUUGAAAUUCUUCCAAGAGAUGCUGCAGAUUUAGGAGAUCAUUUCAGAUUCAAGGAAUCAAUUAUGAUGGGCUAUACUGAUUUUACGGAGUCUGAAGUAAGGGCUAUUAUUGAAGAACUAGGGAAAGAUUUUAAAGGAGAAAGCUACCACUUAAUGAGCAAAAACUGCAAUAACUUUUCUGGGAGCUUAACACAGAUACUUUGUGGCUCUGAUAUACCAUCAUGGGUUAAUAGGUUAGCUUACUUUAGCUCCUGUGUACCCUUCCUCCAAAGAUGUCUACCUCAAGAAUGGUUGACUCCAAUUGCACUACAAGCUUCUCUGCGAGAUAGCAUGGAUUAUCCCAAUGGGACAACUCCACAUAGAUCAAGCCUUUAAAGGAAGCUAUAUUGCAAGCAUGAUACUUUCUGUGAUUAUGAUGUGUUCAUUGUAUGUGUCUUUCAAAUGCUUCAUCUCCAUUUAUGUAGAGUUCUAAUUUUGUGUUAAAUAAAAAAUCAUUUUAUAUGCUGUUAAUACAA